AUGUCGUCCAAAGCAUCCAAGGCCCCUGCCUCCAAGGCCCCCGCCGAGAAGAAACCCGCCGCCAAGAAGACGUCGUCCUCCGUGGACGCGUCCAAGAAGCGCACCAAGACCAGAAAGGAGACCUACUCCUCGUACAUCUACAAGGUCCUGAAGCAGACCCACCCCGACACCGGUAUCUCCCAGAAGUCCAUGUCCAUUCUGAACUCCUUCGUCAACGACAUCUUUGAGCGCAUUGCCUCCGAGGCCUCCAAGCUGGCCGCGUACAACAAGAAGUCUACCAUCUCCGCGCGUGAGAUCCAGACUGCCGUGCGUCUGAUCCUACCGGGUGAGCUGGCCAAGCACGCGGUCUCCGAGGGCACGCGCGCCGUCACCAAGUACUCGUCUUCCACGCAGGCUUGA